AUGGAAUGUGUGAGCUCAAUCGCCAGUUGGGAAUCUCCUUCAAAUGCGACGCACGACUACGGAAUUGGCGGUCUGAUUCAAGACCCCCAACCUUGGGCCAUUGGCUCAUGCCAUGCAGCGCUCUUCGAUUGCAUGAGCCAGUGGACGUUCGGCAAGGGCACGGCGGCCUCCAAUGGACACCAGUUUUAUAUCGAAUCACCACCCGUUUCCCCAAGAUCUGGGCCAACCCACUCGGACAGACCGAUACCACUCCUCACAAUAGGAGAAGAGAUUGAUGACUCAACCGCUGACGGUGGUCGUCUUGAUGCUGUUGACGGCUUGGAAGACAACGGCAUAUGUAAAAGCUGGGGAUCCGUACAGCCAGCGUCACUGCUCACGACUCCUUCUCUUGGAAAUACGGGAGUUCUGGAAGGGGUCCAGCCCAUUGUGGAAAACGAGGCUCCCCUCGAUGAUUACAAAGCUGACUCUAUGCCAUCGCAAUACUCGAAGUCUUCAGACUCCGAUAUAAUCAAAUUGGAUAACGCCUUGGCGGUUCCAAACUAUGUGGAGGCACCAAGCCAGGUCAAGUCAACGGAAGUCUUACAACCAUCACACAUCCCGAGCGAACGUCGUACUAUACUCGAAGCCAAAAUCGACGAUGCCACCGAAAGUCAAUCGAAACAUCCAUCCGACGAUCAUGCAUCCGACUCCCAAUGUCAUUCUCACCCACUGUCAAGCCCAGCGCCCGUCCCCAAAGAACUAGAAGCAAGAUCCGAUGACCACUCGACCCUCUUGUCUCAGAUCUCCGAACCUUAUCGGAGAUAUCGAGUCGGAAAGCGUGGCAGGCGAUGGUCGUGGCUCUCACCUAGGGCGACGAGGAAGAUCGCGAAGGACGCGCAGCAAGGGAAGCGGCUGAGGGUUGCGAAGAGCCGGAAGAGAAUUACGAGGCUUUACCCUCGGCUGUAUGGGUCCCUGAGCUCUGAUGUCGUUAGCUCACCAUCAGGAUCAAGCGAUGACGACCAGCCAGAAUUUGCUCUAGAAAAGUGGGAGGAGCAAAAGGCCGCCUCCAUUAGCGGCCCCGUCAUGGGCGCCGGGACUAGCAGUCCAGACUCGCCUCGACGACCUCCGUAUAUAAAAAAAGACCAGCUUCCAACCGAAGGUGGACUGCCAUCCGAGGAGACGGCCCAGGACCAGUCUGGUAUCGAGUCAUCUUCGUCUUACAGUGAAACGGAAGCAGAUGUCUCGGACUUUGAGCAACCACAUCCUCUUGAGAGUCAGAGAGAUCGAAUCGUUAAUCUGCUUUUGGAGAGCUACGGUUCGUACAAUACCACAGUCCAGCAGUACAAAUCCGGCCCGAACAGCAAUGAAACUGGUUCUGGCAGCAAUGAGAGCCACACAGAACCGCAUUCCAGCACCAGCCGUGGCAGGCAGACUACUGGCCAGAAGAGAAAGGGCGGCCCUCAGGAGAGUGAGGAUGUCGAAGAUGACGAUGACACUGGCCCAAGAAGGCAUAAAAGACCUAAAAGGGCUGAAGAAGAAUCGACGGAGCAUCAGUCAUUCGCCUGUCCGUUUAGCAAGAAAUCCCCCGCGAGAUAUAGGCGUUGCUAUCGAUACGACUUGAAAAGGGUCAGAGAUGUUAAGCAGCAUCUGAGGAGGUGUCAUCGCAGGGCUAUAUACUGCCCGGUGUGCAGCGAGACGUUCCCUUCUGAGGAGGCGCGAGAUACCCACGUAAGGCGAAGGAACUGCCUGGAGAACGCGAGUAUGACCGUCGAGGGUAUCAAUGACCUACAGGCGCAAAAGCUCAACGGAAAGUGCUCGUCGAAAACGUCUGCAGAGCAGCAGUGGUUCCACGUCUUCGACAUUUGUUUUCCGGGUCAUGAUCCCCCUAGGUCUCCGUAUGUGGACCGGCUCUUAUCCGCAGAGCUCCAGUCCUUUCGUGACUACGCAAGUGCCGAGGGUCCUUCCAUCAUGAUUGAGCAACUGCGAGGGGUCCAUAUCUGGAACGAGCAGGAUAGUGCUUUUUUACGCCGAGUGCUCAGCGACGGCCUUGAGCGUAUCGCCGAUCGCUGGAGCCAGAGUCUGACCCCGUGCGAUGAUCCCAAGUCGGACGGCACGUCCUCCAAGAUCACCCGGGCAUCGGUUGAGAGUGAUCCGGCCCGGCCGGCCAUUCCUCCACCGGUCCCAAGACUCGCGCGCGGUUUCCAGGGAGAACACGCGACGACCUCCGCCCCAACAACCACACAGCCACAGAUCUCGGGUUUCUUGUCUGACGACGACAAGCCAUGUGAAGCGGUGCCCCAGGCUGGGGCCAGCAUCUUCGAGCUUGAUGUGGAAUUCUUCGACUUUAGUAUGCUCCCGACGGACGCGCAGGCGAACGCGACCACUGGAGAAGUCGACUUUCCCCCGGACUUGUGGAGUCUUCAGUAUGGGCCUAAUCGUGAAGUGGCCAUUUAA